AGUACAUUUUCAUACAUCGCGCGUGAAACAACGAGAAUAAAAAAUUCUUCGCGAUCUCUGCGAAUAAAAAAAAAAUAAUAAAUAUUUUUGGAACGUGAUUUGAGUGCGAAAUUAAGAGGCAUGAAAGAAAAUUCUUUGGCCUCAAGUUUUAUGUUUCUGUUCAUUUGUUGUUUCUUGAAAAAAGAUCAAAUUUUAUGAAUCAAAAAAAAAAAGACUCUUGAGUGCAAUAAAAAAUAAGAAGAAAAGAGAAAAGAAAUCAUCCGACAUUUUGGGCCCGUCUGUAAUUUAAUUCUUUCCCAUUCUAAUAUGCUAAAAUAAUAAAAGAAGAAAAAAAUAUAAAUUUGAAAAAAAAAUUCAUUCAUUCGUUCGCUUGCAAUAUAAUAACUGCAAUAAUAACAAAUAAUAUUGUAUAAUGAAUUUAAUUCAGAAAGUGCAAUAAGGAAGAAGAAAAUGAGAAUUGAGAACAAAAAAGGAAUAACAUCACAAGAAUAAGAAGAAGAAAAAAUGAAAUUUUGUGCAAAAUGAUUGAGAAUUUAAUUUAAAAGAAGAAUUAUGCCAUAAAUGAAAUCUAACUAUAGAGAAUUAACUGCAUAAUAAAAGUCACACAAAUACAAUUUUGAAGAAUUAAUACGAAAAAACGAGGCGAGCACUUAAAAUUAAAAUAAUAUUUGCUGCGCUGUACAAGACUGUGGAGAAGAAACCUUUCAACAUAAUAAAUUGUAUUUUAAAAGGGUAUCUGUCAAAUAAAUUCAUCACGUUGACAUCUUCAUUGAUGCAAUCAGCUCAAAGAUGUUCCAACAAAAAGACAGCAGCAUGCGGACACCAAAUGUCCAAAAUUACAACAAUGGUGUGAAGCAUCAUCAACAAAUUGGUAACAAUAGCGCUAUAAAUCAAACGACAACAGAAAAUAACACUAAUAACUUCAAAUCACAUCAUCAAUCUAAGUCGUCAUUCAUUAAGUUUCUGAAUCCAUUUAGUAGUAGUAAAAGUAAAUCACAGACUAUAAUUGAUAAUAAAAAAAAUAGUGACAGUGAUCAAAAGACGAAUAGUGUUAAAGUAUUAAAACAAUUUUGGAAUGAUCAGAUUAAGACUGCAAAAUCGUCUGAGAACUUAAGUCAAAAAAGUGCAACAAUAAAAUAUUUUUCGCAAUCAAAUGAUAGUCUCAACGAUUAUCGACGAACUGAGAAAUCACUAACAUUAGAUAGUAGUUUAAGAUAUCCAUUAGAUGACUUUAACAAGUUUAAAGACGCUAAUUUUGUGAGAACUAAGAAAAAUAAAUUAUUUGGUGGAUAUAGUGAGUGCAAUAAUCAAUUAGAUCCAGUAAAAGUAAGAAAAUAUUCACGGCCCGAAAGUUCAAAUCUCAAUGACUGUCACUUUCCACAAGUAUCAGCAACCGGUGGUAAAAUUCAUUGGGCAAAACGUGAAGAUAUUUUCACAGCAAAAGUCAAAUCUCCAACCGAGAAUACAAAUAAGAAUAGUGAUAGCAUCAUGUCGGUAAAAACAAAUAAGACAAAUGGUUCUGCUGCAGCUGCCUCCACCUCUUCAUCAUCCACAACAAACAACAGUAAUGGGAAAACUUUUGAAAGUAAAAUUCAAGAAAAUGUUGUUAAUAAAUCAUCAAAAGCAUCGAGGAGUGCACGAUCCGAUUCCAUGACCUCAUCCAUUGCAAGCUCAGUAGGAUCAACAAAUUCCUCAAAUACUAAUAGUGCAAGUAGAAAAAUUAGUUUUAAAACCAAUCCUUCAACAACAUCAUCAUACAUGAAUAAGAAGCUUGCGGCUAAUAAUAGCGGCAAUAGUAAUAAAGUAGCACAGAUUGCUCAAAGAUUUAAUCAAAUGAUUCAGCAGGAUGCCACAAUCUUAGAAGAGGUUAAGAAACGUGGUGGAUUCGUGGUACAUCGCUCAGGCGGUCGUGUAUUUAAAAUUAAAGAAGAGAAAGCAACAACAGCAGCACCAGCAACAAGUUGUAGUAAUAGCGAUAAGGGAAAUGGAAGUCUUACAAAGAAAUCCAUUAAUAAUAAUUCUGUGGAUGAUACAUCUGCUGCGGCAUCAGAUGAUGCAAUAAGCCUACCAAGCAUUGGAAAAAACAGCACAAGGAAGAGGAGUUCAUUGAGAAAACGACCAAGUAUAAGAAUUAUGGUUGAAUCGCCUCGCAAAGAUGGAAAUGGCAAUGUGCUCACAAAACGUCAAUUAUAUGAGGCAAAUGUUGUGAACAAAGAGACGAUUGUUAUUAAACCAAAAGUACCAGACAAGAGUGAACGAGUAUUGGCAAAAACAAAAGAAUUAAAGAGCAAGAAAAUAUUGAAUGAAAUUAUGAAGACUGAUGCAACAAAAGCUGUAAAAACUAAUGAAGCAACAUCAAAUACAUCAAAUAAGGAAUUAAAUAAUAAUAGUAACACAGAUUUAAAUAGCACUAUCAAUAACAACAGCAACAAGAAAGAGGAAGAUCUAUUGCCGAAAAUAGAUGAAACAAUUGAGCCAAUCAAGGACACGACGACAUCGAAAAAUAACUUUAGAAAAAUUUACGAUAAGCUUACAUUUAGAUCAACAUUUUUGUAUGGUAAGAAGGCUCAUAAUAAGCAAGAAAUGACAUCGACGUGUAUAGAACAAAAAGAAAUAAUUAUGACAGAGGCCAGCGAUAGUGAAAAGAAAGACGAAAAUGAGGAAGCAGCUGAAAAUAAUAAGCCACUUAAUGACAAGCAAUCGUCGACUUUAGUUUCUGAGAUUGAUGAUGAUUUUGAGCUUAAGCCAAUUGAUUUGAAUCUAAAUGUCUAUUUCAACAAUGAGAAUUUAUCAAAUAACGUGAUAGAGGAGAAAAAUAUCACCAGUCAAGGUCCGCAAAUCGUAGACUUAGAGAUAAAUGAUGUCACAAUGGAGUCUAUAAAUGCAAAUAACAAACUUGAAAAUCAACAGCAAAAGCAAGCGGCAAUCGAGAUGAAACCAAACAGCUCAUUUUUAUUCCGUACACAGCCUUUAACAAAAGUUGAUACAGCAUGUGAUACAUUCAUUCGUAGCAUGCUCAAUGAGAAUUCUUUACCAAACGAUGUGGAUAAUAUCGAAACUAAUUUACCAUCAAAAACCGAUUUGUCUGCCUCAACUGGUAGUGUCGUUGAUUCGUUGAGUGUUAAAGUCGAAAUACAAGUCGAAAACGAUUAUGAAAUAAUUUCAAGAGAGGACUCAAAUGACAACGACAUUGAUAUGCUUGCGAAAAUGCAAAAGAAGAAUUUCGAAUGUGAUGACAUUGAUGACAAAAGUAAUAAUAGCAAUGCCAAAACUGGACUGAAAAAUGAGACAGAGCGGAUAGUUGAGAUAGAGAUUGAAAAAAAGGAAGAAGAAGAGGAACCAGUUGAAAAUAUUUAUCAAUCACUAUGCGAAGUGAAGGGUAGUAUAAUUAAUGGUGAUGAUACAAUGAGUGUUAAAAGUUACGAAUCUUUUGAAAAUUACGAUGAGAUAAAGCAAAAUAUUUUAGACAAUAAGAUCAAUUUGUCAGAUAUUCUAAAAUGCGAGGACGACUACAUUUUCCCAGAGGCUAUUAGUGAGAUACCACCUGAAUUGCCUGCACCGCGUCAAAAGCACUCCAUACCAAAAAUUUCCUCACCAAUAUUAACUUCCACAACAUCAAAUCUAGUUCAAGCCAAUUUGUCUGUGCCAAAGCUUUGUAAUAUAAACUAUGAAUUACAAAAAUCAAACAGCUGUAACUCAACAACAUACGAGAGAAUAACAUACGAUCAACUUCCAAAACAUUCAAAACAACAACAACAUCAAACAUAUCAACCAUUACCACCACGAAACAUUUCAAACAGUAAUACAAAUAUAAAUAAAAACAACCAACAAUCAACAGAAAACAUUUAUGAUACAAUCAAAAACGGUGAUACACGAUCAAUAUCAACCGACUAUGAAAAAAUUCCUGAGCUUGAUAACAAUUGUGUUGAUAAAAAUAUUCGAAGAAAAGAUACUCAACGGAAGCAGGAGGAUUGUGAAUCAUUUGAUAUGAGCGAUGAUGCUGACAAUCCAUACAAGAAUUCCAAGAAUGAUACAAUGUCAAUAAUUUCCAACUGUUAUGAAAGUAUCAGUCUAAAACAGAGCUACUCGACAAUUAAUCAAAUAUUGAGGCAUGCGAUAUCUACAUCAACUUUAUCAUCUGAGCAUCGAAUUAAUAGUAUUUAUGGAAUAGGACAGAGUUUAACGCCACCAAGUGAUAGGAGUGGUGGUAGCGAUAAUAGUGAUGAGUGGAUUGAUGUGGAAACAGAGGAUGAAGCUGAGACUAAUGAUCGAUUUAUUGUAAUCUGUAAGAAAACCAAAACACAUCGAAAUGCUGAUUGGUCGCGAUUAAUUCGCCAAAAGCUUGACGAAUGGGAUGUUUUUGUAUCAUCAAAAUCUUGCAUUUACAUAACAACUAAUGAAUCAAAAAUAACUUCAUCAACUGCCAAUCGUAUCGAUGCAUCAGAACUGCCGAUUGUUGAGCCAAUUUAUGAAAAUAUAGAAAGAGACGAUGAUGGAGUAAAUAUUGUGCCAUCUGACAAUAAUAAAUUUACUAUUUACGUAAAUUAUGAUGAUAUCAUCAAGGAACAUAAAUGUAAUAAAAGUUCCGUACGGCUCUUAGAGCCCGACGUUAAACUCGUGCAUAUACAUAUGAAUGAAGAUGACAUUGUUUACCGCGCAAAUGAAAAUAAUUCAAAUAGCAGCGAUGAUGAUGAAGAUGACGAUGAGGAAAAUAACAAUUGUAAUAAUAGUAACUACAUUAAAAGCACGUCAAAAAUGAUACAAUGUCAACAGAUUUCAAUGUACAUUGACGAUUCAGAUCAUCAUUAUGAAUCACUUUAUUCCAUUCAACAACAGCGUGCCGCAUUAGAAGAAAAUUUAGAGAAAGAUAAACCGUUAGAUCUGGAUAAUAAUCAUCAAAAUUAUUUUAUCAAAAAACUUGAUAAUGAAGACGAUUAUAGUUCAUUUGAAAGUGAAGAUGAGGAAGAGAAUUUAGAUGGGAAGCCCCAGUCAGCUGAUUUAAACAUUGCAAAACUACCAGAUCCACCACAAAAUUCGACCGGACAGGUUUAUGCUUUUGUACAACGUAUCAAAAAUUUCGGUUCCAUUUCUAAAAACGAAAUAUCGAAAGGAAUUAGUAAAAUUGCAAAGAAACGUAGCAGUUUAGGUAAAGUGCCAACUUCAAAGUUCUACGAGACAACGGAUAUUGUUGAGGAAGCGCCAACAACACCAACAUCAGAAAUAUAUAGUCCACCAAAAACAUAUGAUAAUAAAAGUAUUAGUAAGAAAUCUCGUGGGUUAUCAAAACUCACGAAAUUAGGUCGAAAUACAAUCAAUAAACUGCCAACAUUCAUCUUAAAUGAUCAAUAUGAACAAUCUGAGUUUCGUUCAUCAAAUGGAUCAAAAGAAAAUCACGAAAGUAAUUCUAGUCUUAAUAAAUUAAGUAAUCAUAAAGGAGGAGAUUUUGAUAAUGAUGUUGAGUAUCAAAAUCAGAAGAAUAAUAAAAGUUUUAAGGCAAAAUUCCGUAAAUCUAGUUCACCGUCCAUUGGCUCAUCAUCAACAUCGAAUAUUUAUAGUGCACUAAGUAGUAAGACCAGUACUUUCUAUGUAACAGACUCAUUAGAUGUAGAUUCAGGCAUAUUUGCUGUAAAUGAAAAAUCAACAAACUCGCCAGACAAUUCAAAUCUCAAUUUAAAUUCAUCGUCAAAUCCAAACAUAAGCUGUGAUCCAAAGCGUCGUUCAAUAGCAGCAAUCAAUACAAGUCGACCAGUUGAAAAACCACCUCCACCUCCUUCGGAACGUAUAAGACGAAUAGGAACAACAUCAUGGUAUGCUGAAUGUGGACUCUUUAAAUCAGGCAGUGAGCAAGAUGAAAGUGAGAAGAAUGAGAAAGUGACAAUGAUGUCGUGGUAUCAAGAGAGUGGACUCUACCAAACCAGCAAUAAUUCUGUUGCAAGUUCAAGUGGAAGUUCUGGAGUCUCAACGGGUGGUGAAUGUAGUCCAUGUGGCGAUGAAAAUUCUCAUAGCAUGUUUCUAAAUGAACCGCUUUACCAACUUUACACAGCUGCAAAGCUUGAGUCUAUUUCGUCAAGUGAAUUUGAGCCUGAAAAUGAAUCAGAUGGAUAUGAAGAAAUUCAUAAGAAAGAUUUAGAGGCAAUGAUCAUCAGCAAAAAACCGUCAAGGCCAUCAGCAUUACAAUUGAUUGAACCAAAUCAAGGGCCAUCGAGGACGUUGUGGAGUGAGGUACCUGAAGUUAUACAAUCAGAAAUUUUAUCAUCAUUAACAACGAAUGAGAAAAGACUACAAGAAGCAAAAUUUGAGAUCUUAACAUCUGAAGCUUCAUAUUUAAAGUCAUUAAAUUUAUUAAAAUCACAUUUCAUGAACCAUCCAGCAUUUCGAGAUCCACAAAACCUUGAUCCUCAAGACCGAAAAGCUCUUUUCUCAAACAUCAUUCCAGUUCAAGAAUGUGCUGACCGAUUGCUUUGUGGUUUGGAAAGUUGUUGGCAGGACAGUAUAAUGUUGAGUAACUUAGCAAAACAUAUUUUCAAGCAUGCGGAGAAACACUUCCAUGUUUACAUAUCGUAUUGUGAGAACCAAGGACGACUUGAUAGAACACUGAAGAGAUUAAAGGAAACAAAUAUUCCAUUUAAGGAGACACUCGACAUACUUGAAAACGAUCCAAUUUGUUGUGGUCUCACUAUUCAUUCAUUCCUCAUGUUGCCAAUGCAGAGAAUAACUCGCUUGCCAUUGCUUAUUGAUGCCGUUAUGACCAAAUUAAAAUCAAAUGAUGAAGAAUUUGACGAUUGGAAAAUGGCAAUGGCAAUCGCAAAUAAGGUUGUUGACCAAUGUAACCAAGCUGCCAAUCGUUGUGAGCAAGCUUUUGAAAUGGAAACGCUCUCGAAACAAAUUGAAUUUCAACAAAAUGUAACUCCAUUCCCUCUAAUACCGUUCAAUACAGCAAAUACCGGAAAUAAUAGACUCACACGAACGCUUGUAAGGCGCGGUGAACUCACACACAUCAUCUAUCGUGGUGAUGAUGCAAAAUUAACAUUUGGCAAGAAAGCUACUGUUAAGAAAAAUAUUUAUUGCUUCCUAUUUACGGAUGUCAUUAUUCUAACGAAAAAGAAGAGUGAUGAGUCUUAUGUCGUUUUCGAUUAUUGCCAAAGAUCGUUACUUCAAUUAUCAUCGGGUGAUGUAAUCCCACAACUUCCCGUCAAAGAUAUGAGCACUACUGGAAAAUAUAUCAUCUUCAUGUCACUGCUUGAAAAUAAUGCUGGAAAACCUGUUGAUUUAAUCUUGCAAUGUCCAUCUGAGACUGAACGACAACGAUGGCUUCAAGCAACAGCACCACCAACAUCAGAAAACCCAUACGAAACGCUUUAUGAGCAAUGGGAUUGUCCACAAGUUAUUGUGAAGCAUGCCUAUCAAGCACUUGAGCCCGAUGAGCUCACAUUAGAUGUCGGCGAAGCUGUGAACGUGUUGCGGAAGAUGAAAGAUGACGGUUGGUAUUUUGGUGAGAGAAUACGAGAUGGUACUCAAGGCUGGUUCCCAGGCAAUUUUACAAUGGAAGUGCAUUCAGCUCACGUUCGUGCUAGAAACUUAAAGCAACGACAUCGACUACUUCUAUACACUGCCACUUAUUUGGAAGCUCAAAAAGACAUAAAUAAUAUUAAGAGAAAAUGAGACUUAAAAAUUCCAUUGGAACUUCCAGUCGCGCUCAGAUUUUCAUGUUUGCAAAAUGAUUUAACAUUUUCUCUCUCACAUGCGAGAGAGGAAUAGUUGAUGUCAAUGAUCGAUCAUUGUUGAAGCUUAUAACAAGUGGCGAAUCUAGUGGUGGGAAUCAAAAGCUUUCGAUCAAACAGACGAACGACUUACUUUUUUGUAAAUGUUACUUAUUCCUUUUCCUUAUUUCUUAUUUAUAGUCAAUUGUGAUACGUAAGCUUUUUAUUUUAAAUGAAAAGAUUUAGAAUUGAUAUGAAUAGUCUUGCCGAUAAACAUUUUUAGGAACGAAGAAAUUAUUAAAAUUUAUUAUGAAAAUCAUUUGUAGCUUUUAUUAUACUUAUUAUUAUGCUAUUGUUUAUAAUUGAAACAUAUUUGGGGCAAUAAAAGAAGUAUUAUCAUUGAACAUA